ACAAUUGGGCCUCGGAGAAAGCCGCCAUGAUUCCAUUAAGUGCGCUUGGUGGCUCACGGCCUCCUGGGCCAGAUGCCAGCGGAGAUAGCGCAGGCGGAGCAGCAAGUGCUGGAGCACCUGGCUCCGCCCCAGCUGCUCCUGCAGCUUCUGAGGCAGCUCCCCAAGCUGAGAAAGGCCCCACGCCAGAACAGCCACCUGAGACAAGCGCUGAUGAUGCAGUCGCUGAGGUUGGCAAGAAAGAAGGGCUGGACCCGCUGAUGCCAAUAGUAAUUCCCAACCAGGGUGAGGACAGCCGCCCGGUUCCAAAGCAGGUUCAGUGCUUGGAAAAUGGCACAGACCUCUUCAAGAUGUUUGAGGUUGACAUGAACAAGUUUGACGCGUCACAAACGCGGAAGGCGUACCACAAGAUGGCAACCUUUGUACAUCCAGAUAAACUGGGACGCGAGCCAACAGAUGCUGAUCGUGCACGCUUUACCAAACUCAAGCAGGCUUACACUGUUCUUAUGGACGAGCAACUCAGAGCAGUGUACAGACAGCAUUGCUUUGGUAUUGCUGGCACUGGAGGCUGUCCCCCACAAGGGCACGAAGCUGCCUUGAGCAAAGCUCUGGAGAUGGCCCGUGAACUUCGAAAGAUGGGGGAAGAGAGAGCUUUGGUGCUGUACAAGGCGGCAGAGGUGGGCUGGUCUGAAGUCCAGAAGGACCAAGAUGGUCGAGCCACACGUGGUGAUGGCCGGAAGCUUGCCCACAAGUUCAAUAUUUUCCAAGAUAUCUCUUCAGAAGAGGAUGACGGAGAGCUGGACAAGGAGAGGCGAGGUCUUAGUGUUGAGCAGAUUUUGGAGCGUAGUCCGAAGUAUGCUGACAAGUUCCUAGACAAAGUCAAGCCGUUGCUGGUAGAGCCAAAGGUCAGCAAAAGUGCAGCAGGAGGUGCUUUCACAAUGCUCGAAGAGCCAAAGCUGAUGGACUUGCUCAACGAGAGUUCAAAGACCGUCCAACGCCACGUCCGCAGAUGCCGCACUUCUUUGAAGCAGAUGAACUGGGCAAUGACUUCGCUUUUGGCUCACAAGGAUAGCCCAUGGAGAGGCCUUGAGGUCAAAGGCUCCUUGGCAGAGCAUGGUUGCGUCAAACUGCUGGAGCUAAUGAAAUCAGGCAUGGCCGUGGGCAAGUUUAGCGAGGUGCACGAAGAGGAGUUUGCAAAGCUCGUGGACAAUCUUCAUAGGUUGUACAUGGACAUUUUCGAGCGACGCGGCCAGGAGCUGUUGAAAGCAGCGAUUCAAGCAGAGCUCAAUGUGAUUUACUUGCUUCCUGAAAGCGGUGGCCGUCUUCCAGAUGGUUCCCGAGUGCUUCUUCAGGACCUAGUUGCAAGGGCAGAUCUCAACGGCAAGGCUGGCAAGAUCGCAUCAUGGGAUUUUGCUUUGCAGCGGUACACAGUUGAGAUUGAAAAGGAAGAGAAGAAGAAGGAAACCGAAGCUCCAGCGAACCCUGACAUGUUCGGUUUGGGAGAUGUUGAAGAGGAUGAAGAGGAUGACACUGAAAAGAACCAGAUUGAACUGGCAGUGCCAAAGAAACUAAUGGUCCUACCAAAGAACGUUCUGGUAGACUUGAAUACUCCUAAGAAGUCCUUGGAUAGCCUUGUGAAGGACUGGAAUGUUUGGAGAAAGAGACCGCGAUCUGUAAGUGCAACUCAGGAUGCAGAAGCUGUGGCUGCGGCGCUUGGUCCGCCACUAGAGUCCAUGGCCAAUUUCCUGCAAGAUGCGGCACAAGCAGUCGCAACAGGGAGUGCAACUGGUAGGGAUGGUGCUGAGCUGAUUGCGGAUGACACUUGGCAGGCAUUGUCCAAUGCUCGCAAUUUGGCGGCCAAACUGCUGGGAGAAGAGCCACAGGAGCCUCCCAAGGCACCGCCGCUGAAUGAGCCCGCUCCGGCACUUGUCCCGUUUGAGAGCGAGACCGUGUCUCAGGCGCUUAAAGAAGCGGCCGAAGUGGCACAAGCGAGCAUUGAGCUCAACAAGGACAAGAAGGAGAAGAAGAGAUCGCGCUCUCGAAAAAGAAGGCGCAAGCGCUCAUCGUCAAGCUCCAGCAGUGGGAAGAAGAAGCGGAAGAAGUAGAUUUUGGAGUGAGCCCAAUUCCAUCAUGAAUGACCAGCAAUUGCAAUGCAAAUAUAUGUGUGUCUAUUUUUUGCGUCAAUUAACAUCAAUCACAGCAUGAAAGCAUCCAUUGCAUGGAAAAUGACAUGGAAACAACAUACACGUUGCGGCGGA